AUGGCGGAGGCGGGGCGGUGGUUCUGCGCCGUGGGAGGGGGCGCCCUGGCCCUGCGGCGCCGCUCGUACUCCCCCACGUGCCGGGAGUUCUGCCUCGACUGCCCCCGGCUGUCUCUGCGCGCCCUCAGCGCCGCCACCUGCACCGUGUGGCUGGCCGCCUACGGGCUCUUCGCCCUCUGCCAGAACAGCAUAGUGCUGUCUGCCGCCAUCGUGCUGACCCUCGUCGGGCUGCUCGGCUACCUCCACUUCGUGAAGAUCGAUCAAGAGAGCCUGCUGGUGAUCGGCUCGCUGGGCAUCCAGAUGACCGCGUCCUAUGCCUCGGGCAAAGAGAGCACCACCUUCAUCGAGAUGGGCCUGGUGAAGGACGUGGUCAUCAACGAAGCCAUUUACAUGCAUAAAGUGAUCUACUACCUGUGCAUUCUGCUUCAGGACCCGGGAGAUCAGCAAGGCGUGUCUCAGGUGGUCCCUGUCUUCCAGAGCGCCAAGCCGCGGCUGGACUGCCUGAUCGAAGUGUACAGGAGCUGCCAGGAGAUCCUAGCGCACCGACAGGCCCCGUCUCCCCUCCCGUGAAGCCGCCCGUCGGGGGAGGUGGGCCGUCUCCGGGAAGCCCUCCUGGCUUUGUUGGUAGGCUUCUUCCUUGGGUCCUUCCAAACCAGCCGGAGGCUACGCUCGCGACACCCACUGGGGUGUGGGAAAUCGGAGUUGUUUUCCAAGCUCCACCACAGAAUUCCUGGGUCACGUCCUCUAAAAUCGCCUUGGGAGCGGUGCGGGAGAUGCGGGAGGUGAUUAGUUAUUACCCAGUGUGGAGAAGCAGCGCGGCCCAGGGGAAAACACAAGGGGCUCGGCGUCGACGGAGGAGCUGAUGGCUCAGUGGAAAGAGCCCAGGCUUUGGAGUCAGAGGUUAUGGGUUCGAAUCCUGGCUCCGCCACGUGUCU